AUAUAUGAGGCCCUACGCAGCGAGCUACACGCCCAACUUAUGCAACCAGAUAGAUUAGCCUCUCUCCGAUUAUUAUAGCCUGCCUCCUAAUCUCUAGCUCUGUCAUCUACUUUGCUACUCUGUCAUCCCACCACCGUACAAACCGUAUCGGCGUAGCCGCUCAGCGUUCUAGAACCCGUCAUUGAGAAAAAUAAAUCCACAUAAUAAUCGCCACAGACCGACAGCCGCAGCUAUGCCUCACAAGGAAGAAGAAACUGUCGAGUUCACGCCGGACCUCUACCCCCCCUUCCCCACCGACGUCCCCACGGUCGAGCUCGAGACCAUCUCGCUCUCCAAGCUCCUCGCCGGCGACGCGGCGGAGCAGGACCGCGUGUUCAAGGCCUGUGCGGGGCGCGGCUUCUUCUACCUCGCGCUGGCGGGCAACGAGACGGGCGAUGCCCUGCUGCGCGGGUCUGAGGAGAUCGCGCGGGUGGGCGAGCGGGUGUUCAAGCUGCCACUCGAGGAGAAGAUGCAGCACCGCAUGGGCAAGACGCUGUUCGGGUACAAGUACGCGGGAUCGUCGGUCGCCGACCGCACCGGCGCGCGCGACACGGCCGAGUUCUUCAACGUGUCCAAGAACGACAUGAUCGUGCCCGAGGACCGCAUGACCCGCGCCUGGCCCAGCCCCAUCCUCGACGCCAGGCCCGCCUUCGCCUCCUACGUGCGGAGCGCCCACGCCAUCGGCAUGACCUUGCUGACUAUAAUCGCCGAGCACCUCGGCAUCGACCCCGCCGAGCUCACCGGCCGCCACCGCAUCGAGGAGCUCUCGGGCGACCACAUCCGCAUCACGCGCGGCCCGCCCCGCGAGACCGACGAGAUGCCCGAGAUCCAGACACCGUCGCAUACCGACUUCGGGACUGUCACGGUGCUCAUGAACUGGCUCGGCGGGCUGCAGGUGUGGUCGGAGUCGUCGCGGCGGGCGCAGCUGAGCGACGGGCAGCCGGACCAGCCGGGGGAGUGGCUGUGGGUGCGGCCGCAGCGGGGCAGCGCCAUCAUCAACCUGGGCGACGCGGCGGUCAAGUUCACCGACGGCGCCGUGUGCUCGGGGCGCCAUCGCGUGAUCCCGUCGCCGGGCUCCCAGGGCCGCUGGCCGCGCUACAGCCUCGUCUACUUCGUCCGCCCCGAGGACGAGUGCCUCAUGCGCCGGCUCGACCAGAAGGGCGUCGCCGCCACCGACAAGCACGAGGCCGGCGACGGCCUCACGGCGAAGGAGUGGAUCUACCAGCAGGCCCUGGCGCUGGGCAAUAAACUCGAUAACUAGCCCGGUGCCUUCCCGCGAGACCGAAGAUGCUUGAACGAGUAGUGUAGGCUGGAACAUGGUGUGUAUUUGCAAUCAGCAGACGAACUAUACAGAAGUAUCCUACGAGUAGCGACAAAUUGAACAAUCCCCUUUUCAAGGGUCUUGGAAAU